CUGCUCUCCCAGCAGCACAGUCUUCAGCCACAGACCCACCGACCGACUGCAGCUAGCGGCAGGCUCGUCUUGCCUUUUGUUAGCUAGCUUGUGGAGCGCACCAAGAAAAAGACAGAGCCGCAUCCAUGCAGUAGCACACUUUUUUUGUAAAAUGAUCAUCUGUACGAGUAAAAUGGAGUACCCCCUGAGAACCCAGUGUCAGCGAGUCCACAAACAGGUGAUGGUAAACGGUGAGAAGGAGCGGGUGUCACUGUUGUUCAUGAAGGCUCUGGUCAGCAGGGGGAGUGUGGAUGCCGUGUCCCAGCAGAUGGCCUCUCACCCUCAGUACUUGGAGAGCUUCCUGCGCACACAGCACUACAUCCUGCACAUGGACGGCCCCUUGCCUCUGCCGUACCGCCAUUACAUUGCCAUCAUGGCUGCGGCAAGGCAUCACUGUAACUACCUGGUGUACCUGCACUCAGCGCAGUUCCUGAGGGUGGGUGGGGACCCUCUGUGGUUGCAGGGUUUGGAGGCAGCGCCCCAUCGCCUUCGUCUCCUUGACCAUAUCAACAAGGUGCUGGCCCACCAACCGUGGCUCACUGCCUGCUCACACAUCCAGACGCUGCUGAAGUCGGGCGAGCAGUGUUGGUCUCUGGCUGAGCUGGUGCAGGCUGUGGUGAUCCUGGCCCACUGCCACUCCCUCUGCAGCUUUGUGUUUGGAUGCGACACAGACUCAGACUUUGUCCCUCUCUCCAAAUCUCCUAACGGUACCCCACCAACCUUCUGCCCCUUUGAUGCUGCCAACGGCAACACCAACGUGCCUCAGUCACUUGCCACUCCCUCCGAACACAUAACACGAAGACGGUCUCUGGACUCCAGUUGCGACAUGGUGUGUCUAAAGGAAAGGAUCCAGAAGUCCCAGGAGGAGCGAGAGAAAAGAGAAGAGCGUCUGCUACACACACAAACACUCCAGCAAACAGAUAUGGAAGAAGAGGAGGAGAUGAUUUGCUUUGCAGACCCAACGCGUUUUAUCACGGACCCCGACUUAUGCUAUCAGGAGUUCGCUCGUAGGGAGGAGGACCACUUCCAAGUAUUUAGGGUUCAGGACUACUCAUGGGAGGACCACGGCUUCUCCUUAGUCAACAGACUGUAUUCGGACAUCGGGCACCUCUUAGACGACAGAUUCAGGAGUGUGACCACCCUCCCCUCCAUGCACAGCCCCGACCUGAAGAGGGCGAUCUGGAAUUACAUCCACUGUGUGUUAGGAAUACGGUAUGACGAUUAUGAUUACGGAGAAGUGAACCAGUUGUUGGAGCGAGAUUUGAAGCUCUACAUCAAGGCCGUGGCCUGUUUUCCUGAUGCCACCAAAACUCCAGUUUGUCCACUGAGUUUGGCGCCACUUAAAACUUCAGAACGGAUACACAUUAAUUUACUAAUCAUGGAGGCACGGCUGCAAGCUGAGCUGCUAUACGCUCUGAGAGCCAUCACCCAGUACAUGAUCGCCUAAGUGCUCGGAGAGGCACGAAGCUAAAACUCUCCGCCGGUACAGAGAGACCCAGAGACACGAGGACGAAAAAUUCUUAACAGCAGACGGUGACGUGGGACGAGAGCGGCACUUUUAAGGACACAGAGCUCCAUCGUUUCGUAGCUGUGCCUCAUGAAUGUGCUUUUCUUUCUCUCAGAUUUAAUGUAUUUAUACCAUAAUGUGCCACGCCCCCCUCCUCCUGCAGAUUCUCCUGUUGUGAAGUCCUCUUGUCAGACAUCUCGGCUCUCAAACGUUAUGUGCAAUUAUUACUAGAGUUGUUUUAAUUUUUACCUGUUGUUUUGUGUUCCAGCUCAGUCUGAGAGAAACUGCUUGGUUGUAGCAGUGUGUUACAGUGGCCAACACUCUCCUUAGUUUGACCAGUCUCCUUUUUGUAUUAACUAUGCUUUCCCCCAAAAUAUCUUUUUGUACAUUUUGAAUGUCAGUGGGAGACCAGGGCCUCCGUUAUUUUUUUGGACAAUCCUUGUCAGUGUUGGAGGAUGACAUGAAGUGGACCGUGAAGGAUGACAGUUUCGCUCUCCUAAACAUUUCGUAUUAAUGCUGGUCAAAAAGAACAAACACAACAGUGACACUGCUGGAAGUUAUCACAUCACUAUAGUUUCUUUUAAUAAGCACUUUUUUAAACUUUAUAUAUUUAUAAUGCAAGGUAGCUCAUUAGUAGACAUGGGGACGCACAGUGUGUGGGUCUGACGCCUUUCCUCCCCACUGUACGACAUGUAACGAAGAUUUUAAGACUGUUUGUCCUCGAACUUUCACUUUGCUUUUGUUCUCAACCCCAGAUUUUCUGAGUGAAGAAUCUUGAUUCGAGAUAUUUCAGAGAAUUAUCGCUCCUCUCGUUAUGUUCAGUUCAGUGCUGAUACACAGAAGGAUUUUGAAGGUAAUGAUGUUUUCAGAGCACACAAUUUAAACCUGAUAGGAACAUUUGUAACUAAACUUAAGAAGUCAGUGAGCUGUUUCCUUCAGUGAAGACGAAGCUGAGCCAUUCUCUUGAUGAUUGUUGUGUUUAUUUGUGCUUCAGAAGUGAUCAAAUUAGAGACUGAAUUUCAGACCAAAGGUCAUUCUUAAAAAGGAACAGUAAAGUGAAAAUUGUAGAUCUGCACUGGUCAUGAGUUAAUGUUGAGUUCAGAGUUUUGCUCAAAGCUUUCUUUUUUUUUUGUGAGCUGUAUCAAAGCUGAUUAUCGAGUCAAAAUCCGCAGUACAACUCGCAAAGCAGAACAAUGUGCAAACUGGUUAAAACACUCGCAGCUUUUUCUCCUGUCUUUUUUUAUUUUUAUAGUUUUUUUUGUAAACUAUAGAGUACUCGUUUGUUUUGUUUUUGGGUGUGACGGUAGGACCUGCUUGUUGUGCUGCAGCCUGGGUAGAUGUAGAGGUGUGACAGACUGUUUAGAGUUAGUAGCUGCAGGAUGUAGAAAAGAAACAAGUGCAUAUCGAGCAUAUAAAGCAAAAGCGCUGUUAACACAGGUGCCUUCAGGCUAAAACUGGAGUGCUGCUGAAAUGGAGGGAUGUGACUACUGGAGGCUGAAUGAGGGCUUUGGUUGCAGCUGGGAAACUCCCCCCGACUGACAAGUUUCAAACUUGUGGCUUUUACCGCACGGAUGGGAACUGCUCUUUCUUGGUGUUGGUCAGCAGCGUUUCUGAUAAAUAUUACGGCUGUGAACGUCCGUGUUUUCUAUCAGACACCUUCUACGAGCCCCAGCAACUCAGCAAAGAGCCUUUGACACAGAUGGAUGUUAAAAAUGUUCAACUUGAGCAGAUUAAAAAAAAAAACACGGACAGUUACCUAAAAAAAUAAAUAAAAUGAAAUAAAAAAAUAGAACAAGUGAAAA